CACAUGACAGCAGUCCUAACCAGGCUUUCAAGAUCCACACACCACCCAAUGUUAUAGACCUCCCCUGCUAACUUCAGUGACAGCGUACACACCAUUUCUUACCACUCAACUUCUAUAUUUUCCAUCUGACCCCAUAGAUCAUCUUUCUUGUCCUCUAUUUCAGCAUGAAAUGGCUAAAAAUCCGUACCCUGCUUCUCCUCUCAGCCAUUUUUCGUGUUAUUCUAAUUGUGUACGGAGAAUGGCAAGAUACCCACAUGGAAGUUAGGUACACAGAUGUAGAUUACCUUGUAUUUUCUGAUGCUGCUUCAUUAAUGGCUAAUGGUGAAUCUCCUUAUAAAAGAACUACCUAUAGAUACUCACCUUUGCUUGCCUUUUUAUUGACACCCAAUUCUUUUAUUCAUCGUUCUUGGGGCAAAUUCAUCUUCUCUGCUGCAGAUUUAUUCGUGGGGUCAUUUAUUCAGUACAUUUUGAAGAAACGUGAGGUCCCUGAGGAUAUGUGCUUGUAUUCUGUAAUGGCAUGGCUGCUGAAUCCAUUUACCUUCACCAUUGGAACCCGUGGGAACUGCGAGCCUAUCGUGUGUGCCAUGAUUUUAUGGAUCAUUAUCUGUCUUAUCAAUGGUAAUGUGGUCCAAGCUGCAUUCUGGUAUGGAUUGGUUGUCCAUUUCAGGAUUUAUCCUAUAAUCUAUGCUCUUCCUAUAGUUCUGGUUCUUGAUCCGCAUUCCUUCCAAUCUGGUCAGAAGCCAUGUCUUGUGAAUUGGAAAUCUAGUCAAGAUAACGCGUCUCACAGUCGCAAAGAUGUAUCUGAAGUACAUGGUGUAUGGACUGCACUGAAAACCAUAUUUACAAGAGGGAGAAUUAUGUUUGCAAUGAUCUCAGGAUCUGUUUUCAUUCUGUGUACUGGUCUUUUCUUCUAUUUAUACAGAUGGGAGUUUUUAAAUGAGGCGUUGCUGUACCAUCUCACUCGUACAGAUCCAAGACACAAUUUUUCCAUCUAUUUCUAUCAUAUAUAUCUCCAUGUUGAACAUGAAUUUUCAGUAGUGGAGAAGCUCAUCUCUUUUUUGCCCCAAUUGAUAGUGCAGCUGGUUCUUGUUAUUCGCUUUGCUCAAGACCUUCCGUUCUGCCUUUUCUUGCAGACAGUGGCUUUUGUGGCCUUCAAUAAGGUAAUUACCGCACAGUACUUUGUAUGGUUUUUUUGCUUGUUGCCUCUAAUACUACCAUGGAGCAGAAUGAAGCUGAAGUGGGAAGGCUUAAGUUGUGUGCUUCUAUGGAUGGGAGCUCAGACCCAUUGGUUGUUGUGGGGUUAUUUACUUGAAUUUAAGGGGAAAAAUGUUUUCCUCCAGCUUUGGUUGGCAGGCUUAGUGUUUCUGGCUGCCAAUACUUUUCUUCUGAUCAUGUUCAUCCGGCACCACAAAUACUCUCCCGUAUUCAAACAGUCAGGGCGAGCAACUUCAGGGAAUAGAGAUAAAUCCGAAAACAUGAUAAACAGUUUCGUUAGUACUGAGCAAAGUGGAACAAAUUUUCAAUUCAACAGUAAGAGGAGAAAGUACGGAUCAAGCAUGGCAAGAAAAUUUUUGGAGAGAGACGUUGGGAGAAAUAGAGUUUUUAUCCUGGUAUCACACGGCCUUGUAAAUUUUCAAUUUGGACGAAGAACAACUAUUCUUGCUGGACAAGAGAACCGCAUCACAAUAUAAGAAAUUAGAGCACUAUUUUUGUAUUUCAAAUGAUAAAGAUUAGAAGAUCACAUUGAUGAAGAUGUUCUGCAUUAAAGAUCUGGAAAUUGAUGAAGA